AUGUUUAAGCAGUGGAAGGAGAAGUACCUGGUGCUGACCCUGGAGGGGAGCCUGUUGGUGUGCCGCGAUGCAGAGUCGCCUCCAGACCAGAGGGUAGCCCUACACAGCAGCUGUGAGUCCAUCGUAGAGGGCCGGGAAAUCAUCGACCUGCCCAAGCUGCCUCCAGGGGGCAGGAGGGACUGCUGCUUCGCCCUCAUCCUGCCGCAGAACAAGUUCCUGCUGCUGCUCUCUGACAACCCUGAUGACUGCAACCUCUGGCUGAAUGUGAUCAGGAAAGUGAGGGAGGGUGUCAUGUCCCCCUUGACCCUCCAGAGACAGCGCAGCAUCACUCCCUGCAUCACCGACAGAGACCCCCUGCCGGAUUCCUCCAGCGAUAAAGACCCCGGGUCACCCAGGUUCAGUGAGGGGACUCCUCCUAUGUCCCGUGUCACUGAGCGGGGAGGCUCCUUCAGAGACAGUGGCCAAAACCAAGCCGGUGGGCCUCGGCAGCCGCUGCGCAGUGUCCCUGUGGCCCCCCCUCAUCGUGCGUCAGAUUGUCUUCGCCAUGGCAACAGCAGCGAUGCCCGGGCAGUGCGGGCCGUGUGCCUAAUGAUGGGGGGGGCGGCAGCCUCCUCUGCUCUGGGCUACCUCAACUCCUGCUCCCCUUCCUCCCCGCUGGCUGGCAGAGCCUCAGAGAUAGCCCACGUCACCGGGGGCUUCUCGGAGCCCCCUGCGGGGGGGUCCUUCCAUGCCUGCAGCCAGGACGUGGACUCCCCCCACUUCAACAGCUUCGACUUUGAAGGAGACUCCGACUUUGAUGCAUUCGAUUGUGGAGGAUUUGCUUUUUAGUUCUGAUUACAUAGCAGUUGUUUGACAAAAUCCUUGUGUUGGUAUUCCUUCAUGAUAAAAGGUCAUAGUUAUAAAGUCAUCAAUAGUCUGUUAUCUAUGCGUCUACUCUAUAAAUUAAUGAAGAUGUUUUUCCUGGCUUUGUGCCCAUGCUCCUCAGGUGAAUCAUUCAUGAUCUUGACUCUUGUGAACACUGCCCGUGUGUUGUAUCAGUCUUUCCAUGCCUUAGGACGGCCUGAGGUUAACUGAGAUGGCAGUGUAAUGAGCCACACAGACGUUUAAGGGCCUCUGUUCAGAUAGAAUCUUCUUUGGGUGAAAGGCACUGGUAGGGCGCCGGUGAGAGCCUCGUCCCAGAGUUUCAUCAAAAAGGACUUUCUUUAUUGCUUCUAUGAAAACGAUAUCCUGACAACAUAUCACAGCGAUUGUAUGACAGACCAAUAUUGCCACUUGGUUUGUGCUACUAUAUCAUUUUAUGACCAUUACAUCCAACUGGAAAAUGCUUGCUCUCACACUUUGCUUCACCAGUCAAUCUGACAGCCAGAAAAGUGUGGGGAAUAAUUUGCAUAUGACGAAAAAUACCGACAGCAACUUCCAGUGUCCGUCCAGCCAAUGCACUCCAACAUAUCGAUGUUUUCUGUCUGUGAAAUGAUAGAAAAACAAGCUUCUCCUACAGGUUCUGCAGUCACGUAAUUAUCCCCUUUCUGAAAAGUUAAAAAGUUAUCAACUUCAAGUGUUUGGAGCAGCCGCAUAUUACACAAACAUAUUACGCAGUCGUCACAUGUGACAGCUUGUUCUCACAUCAAACCGGAAAUAAUUAAAAAAAAUACACUAACGCUCAGAAAAAGGCGCUAUUUGGACACAGGCCCUAAGAGGACAUGAAAGUCUAUUAACAGUUGUGUUUUCCCACAAUUCGUUGUUCAUUUUUAUACAUUUAAAAAAAAUGUUGCCUAUGUGAAUAUGUUGUCAUCUUCCUUUUGCCCUGCUCUCAGGAGUCCCUAUGUGCUCGUUGAUCUCACAUGAAAUGCAGUGCAGAGGUGAACUCCAAAUAAAUC